CAUGCACUCCUCACCCAGUAUGCUUGAAUGAUCAAUUUGCGCUGUCUCAACCUUGUCUUUGUGUCGCCAUCUCAACCCUGCUGGUUCCCUUGGCUUGACCACUUUCUAUAAAUCGGCGGAUACCACGAACAUUCUUGCAAACCAGACCAUCCUAUCCUUGCUUCCCUCAGCACACAAUGUCCGCUCCUAACCAUCAACCUGACGUCGAGAAGGACCAUGCCGGCAGCGACUCGGUGAAUGGCAACAGAUAUGAUCUGCACCAUGAACACCACGACAGCGAAACUGCCCUGAAGAGAAUCAGGACUGCUGGCAGCAUUUCCGUCAGUCCAGAGCUGUUUGAGAAGAUCUACCUCUCGCCCAAGAAUCGUGUUUCCAACAACAUUCGGUCUACUUUUGGAAACCCGACUCCUCUGGCUUUGAUUGGUUUCCUCAUCGCACUGACGCCGCUAUCCAACGUCUUACUCGGAUGGCAAGGCUCAGGCGGUCUCGGUGCUGCUGAAGUUGGCGUCUACUAUUUCUUCGGAGGCCUCUUGAUGCUUAUUGCUAGCAUCCUGGAAUUCAUCCUCGGCAACACGUUCCCCUUUGUCGUCUUUGGUUCUUUUGGAGCUUUCUGGCUUGCCUUUGGAGCUACCCUGACACCCUACUUCAACGCCUCCGCCGCAUACCUGCCCGACAAUCCUGCAGCAGCAGCCUCAGACCCGGUCUUUGCGUCCACCUUCGCUUUCUUCCAUGUAUACAUGGCCGUGCUGGAUUUCAUCUACAUGAUCAUCGCUCUCCGGACUAACAUUGUAUUUGUGUUGAUCUUUACCUCCCUGACGGCCGGAUUCUCCUGUCUCUCGGCCUUGUUCUUCUCUAUGGGUCGCUCGGAUCCCAAUGUCACUUAUCAACACGCCGCGGGAGGACUCUUCUUCACUACCUGUCUUCUUGGAUGGUAUCUCUUCUUUGUGCAACUUCUGGCUGCGGUGGACUUCCCUCUCAACCUCCCAGUCGGCGACCUAAGCAGAUACAUCAAGGGUGCAAGUGAGAGAGCCAAGGGAGAGUAAGUGUUGAAGGUCUCGGAAGUGGCAUGUCGACCUGUACACGGGUGACAUGCGUUGAUGGACAAAGUGGAGCAGGAGCAGCAUUGAGGUCCUUCAGAACAAUAUGCUGUGUCCCAGAUUAUACAUGAGGGAGAUUAUACCAGAAAGGAGAGUGGUAGAAGUGUGAGAUCGCCACAAGUGUGGUGCAAGGGUAGUCAAAAG